AUGUCGCUGGGCCAGCAGCCGUCAGCCCGAGGCGCCCCGUGCAUGCGCUGGCGGCCCCUCUGUGCACUCUCGCCAACGGCCGUGGCUCGCUCGGGGCCGCGGGGCCGAGGAGUUUCAGCCCACGACUCGGUGACGUGGGACAGUGCGUGGACGCGGUUCCGCUCUGGGGAAAACCCCUCGCGGGAGGCCAUCGGGUCGCGGACACCCCGCUCGGGUCCCCACGACCUCGGCGGGAGAACCAGCCGCCGGGAGCCGGGCGGCCACGGGCCGGGCCUCACGUGUGUCCCCCCCCAGGGCCUGCAGUACAUGGAGCACAUCCCCAAGGAGCAGCAGCCCGUGACGGGCACCCAGGGCGCCUGGCACCGCCGCCGCCAGCUCAUGCACCAGCUGCCCGCCUACGACCAGGACCCCGCUCGCUGCUGCGGACUUUUGGAGAACGAGCUGACGCUGAUGGAAGAAUUCAUCAGGCAGUACAAGAGCGAGGCCCUGGGCGUGGGGGAGGUGGCCCUGCCCGGGCAGGGCGGCAUGCCCAAGGAGGAGGGCAAGCAGCAGGGAAAGCCAGAGGCCGCCGACACGGCCGCCCCCACCCCCAACGGCAGCGUCGGGGACCCAUCCAAAGACACUGAUGUCCGGGCCACGGAGCCACGCACGGCCCACCAGAGCGCGGGGCAGGCAGCCCCUCCAGCCCGCCCCGAACGCCCCCAGGGCAGACCCCGACUCUCGCGCCCCCUCUGCCCCCAGAUCAUCUUCACAGAGGACUACCAGCGCGUGGAGGACCUGGCCUGGCACCGAAAGCACUUCGUGUGCGGGGGCUGUGAGCAGCCCCUGAGCGGCCGCGCCUACAUCGUCACCAAGGGGCGGCUGCUGUGCCCCACCUGCAGCAAGUCCAAGAGCGCCUGAAGGCCCCGCGCCAGGCCCGGAGGACCCCGGGGGGGGGCUGGCCCCCUGAGGGCCAGCACGCAACAGAAACUGCCUUCCGCGGGAGCAGCCGUGUGCGUGUUCCAGGCCGGUGUGCUGGACCCCGCCGGGCCCGGCCCCCGCAGAGCGUCCCCAGGCCUCUCGGGACGGAGAGGCCCGCUGCCUCUCCCGUUUCCCGCUGCCACCUAACACAGUCAGCAUCCGGCGAGGGCGCCAGGAGUUUCCCAGAAUGCACUUGUGAGUGAUGGAAGCCUGUAGCUGUAGAAAGUGCCUGCUUUUUCCCGAAGUGGGGGCUCCCCCAGGACACGCGGGCACCCCACCCAUCAUGCAUUGCCUUCUUUUCAAAUGGAAUUUGAAUUUUAAAUAAAGAAC